UGCAUAGAAUUCUUGUCUAACGGUUUUAUUUUGGGGUUUGUACACAGUUUUCUGUUUUCAAUUGACUUCUAGAUUUAGUUUUCCCAUCUUUGGGUUGGAUCAAAGCUUGGGUCUUUCUUGUUCAUGAAUUGAAGAUUUUCCCCUGAUUUUUAAUGGCUUAUUUAUCUGAGCCAUCAUCUUCUUUGAGUUUCACUUCAUCUUCUCGCCUAUCAAAUGGGUCAGUUACUCACAACUUACCCCCCUUUUCAGCUGUCCCAGAAACUGCGGCUAACCUUGAAGUCUUAAGUUUGACCAAGCUCAGCUCCAGCUUGGAGCAGCUUAUUGUUGACAAUUCUCCUGCUUUUAGUGAUGCUGAUAUAGUUGUUGAAGGUGUUCCUGUUGGUGUUCAUAGAUGUAUUUUAGCUGUUAGGAGUAAGUUUUUCGAUGAAGUCUUCAAGAAAGGAUCUGAGUCUAGUGAGAAAGAUGAACCGAGUUAUAACAUGUCUGAGUUGUUGCCUUAUGGCAAGAUUGGACUUGAAGCUUUUCAGGUUUUCUUGAGUUAUUUGUAUACAGGGAAGCUCAAGCCUUCUCCCAUGGAGGUUUCCACAUGUGUGGAUAAUGUCUGUGCUCAUGACGCCUGUCGUCCCGCCAUUAAUUUUGCGGUCGAGUUGAUGUAUGCGUCGUCGAUAUUUCGAAUACCAGAGCUUGUUCCACUUUUCCAGCGUCGUCUUCUUAAUUUCGUUGAGAAAGCGCUAGUAGAAGAUAUCUUCCCAAUCCUUGUGGUUGCUUUCCAUUGUCAAUGUAGUCAACUUGUUUCUCAGUGUGUUGAUAGAGUAGCUAGGUCGGAUCUUGAUAGCAUCUUUAUCGAGAAAGAGCUUCCUUAUGAAGUUGCAGAGAGUAUCCGGUUGCUUCGCCGCAAGUCUCCACCUGAUGCUGAGGGCAAUGAGGAAGUGAUCGAUCCUCUUCGGGAGAAAAGAAUCCGGAGAAUACAUAAAGCAUUGGAUUCCGACGAUGUCGAACUUGUUAAACUACUUUUAUCCGAGUCUGACAUAACUUUGGAUGAUGCGACUGCCCUCCAUUAUGCUGCAGCAUAUUGUGACCCCAAGGUUGUUUCGGAGAUUCUUGGUCUGCGUCUAGCCGAUGUCAACCUGCGAAAUUAUCGCGGUUACACGGUUCUUCACAUAGCUGCGAUGCGUAAAGAGCCAUCAGUGAUAAUGUCACUUCUAGCAAAGGGGGCAUUUGCUUCAACAUUGACAUUGGAUGGACGGAGUGCUGUUAACAUCUGCCGGAGGUUGACAAGACCAAAGGAUUAUCACUCGAAGACAGAGCAAGGGAAGGAAACGAAUAAAGACCGGAUAUGCAUUGAUGUUCUAGAGAGGGAAAUGAGGCGAAAUCCAAUGGCCGGGGAUGUUUCUGUUACUUCCCAUACAUUGGCUGAUGAUCUGCACAUGAGACUUUUGUACCUAGAGAACCGAGUGGCAUUGGCAAGAUCUUUUCCGAGUGAAGCAAAACUCGCCAUCGACAUAGCACAUGCCGAGACAACCUCCGAGCUUGCUAAUGGUCUUUCAUCAAAAAGUUCCAAUGGGAACUUAAGGCAGGUUGAUCUGAAUGAGACACCCAUUAUGCAGAGGAAAAGACUUCUUGCUAGGAUGGAAGCCCUUAUGAAAACAGUGGAGAUGGGUCGGCGCUAUUUCCCUCAUUGCUCAGAAGUGCUCGAUAAGUUCAUGGAGGAUGACCUUCCCGAUCUGUUUUACCUCGAGACGGGCACCCCCGAAGAGCAAAAGAUGGAGAGAACACGCUUCAGGGAGCUCAAAGAGGACGUCCAAAAGGCAUUUAACAAGGACAAGGCUGAGUUUAACCGCAAUGGGUUGUCUUCAUCGUCGUCGUCAUCGUCUUUAAGAGACGGUGGCCCCUACAAGUACAGGAAAUUAUGACGAAAUUUUCGUCGGUAAGGAUUUCUUGCGAGUAAAACUUAUAAUUAUUCCUUUUGUCACCGGGAAAAGCUUGUUCUAUAAUCAAUCCCUCCGGAGCAAAAGUUAUACAUAUCAUUAGUUUUACCUAUAGGAAUUUUAUGUUCAUUAGUAACAGAGAUCUAUGAAAAUAGAAAAUUUUCAACUACUUUCUUCA